CGAUCUUGGUAGACUGACCACAAUUUGCCAGCUUCAUCUCCCAGAAAACGCGCCGUCUCAGUAGCCAAAUUGGGUUGCUAGCGUAUAGGUGAUAUUCCGGAAAGCCUAAAGCGACCAAAGUUGGGUUGUCUCCAUUGCCCCCGCCUGCUGAUAGUUUCCCGCCACCGACAAGCCUCACUCGAGCAUGCCCGAAAGCGAAGCCAUAAACGCUUUACUACGGCCCACCGAAGUUUGCAAAGUCUUUGUAGAAUUGCGGUAUGUGAAAAGAAAUGGAGAGCGAAAGAGACGCAUUCUUGCUGUGAUAAUGAAUGUGCAAGGUGGAGAAGAGGCAUGUGUAUUCAUACUGAAGCGAAGAGUCGGCGAUGCCGCCGGAAUCUUCGAAAUAUUACCCAUAUACACAGACUUCCGCCUUUCUGUUUCUCAGAGCAAACCAGUCAAUCUAAAUGACGUCAACCGCCAACAACAAGGGCGAACUGAUUUCACCUUGCGCCUAUCGUCCGGCAGCAGGGAGGUGAAGCUAGAAAUAUCCGCAUUACAAUCCCUGCAACCCGUCCUCGUGGAAUUGAAGCGAUUGAUGGCCGUUGCACAACAAAGGGGAUACGUACUAGACGGUGGGACUCACAAUUGGGUCCAGUUCUAUGAGAACAGUCGUAAGAGUGCCUCGAGUGCUUUAACACAGGCGGAGAAGUACAAUGAGGCUGAAGAAGAACGUGCGCAAUCCUCCCUACCGAAUCCCUUCAUCAAUCUCGAUAGCUCAGUCUCCGGCGGCAAUGUUAAAGCUAUCAAAGAAGCGUGGGCUGCGAAAGAACUUCGUGCUAGAGAAGCCAAAUUUGUCGAUUUUGAGUCCAAGCGCAUGUUUGUCGGAUCAUGGAACGUAAAUGGACAACCGCCAUCGCAGUCUAUCGCGCCGUGGCUCCAGACCGCAGAAGAAGAUCCAUCGUUAUUUGUUCUGGGAUUUCAAGAACUAGACCUCAACACACAAGCAUACCUAUACAGCGACACCACAAAGGAGGAGGAAUGGUCAAAGGCAAUCGAGCAAGCUCUCAAGUCCAGGGGAAAGAAAUAUGUCAAGGUGGCUUCCAAGCAGCUCGUUGGGAUGCUCAUCGUCCUGUAUAUAGAUGAAAAGGAGCGGGAUAAAGUGAAGGAGAUAUCGGCAGAGUACCUGGGCACGGGUCUACUUGGCAUGAUGGGCAAUAAAGGAGCCACCGCAAUACGCUUCCGAUAUUACGAUUCCUACUUUUGUUUCGUCAAUUCACAUCUCGCAGCGGACGCGAGCAUGGUGGAACGGCGAAAUCAAGAUUACCAGGAGAUAUGUCGGAGAAUAGUCUUCAAUCUGCCGUCUCAGUACCCAGAUUUCACCGCUUACACGCAUAGCAACCCGUGGGUCGCGAGCUACUACGACUCUCGUCACAGUGCAGCCUCUUCAAUAGCUGUGGCGGGGUCACCUACGGGGCCUGGCAAAAAUGUUACCACAGUAUUCGACGUUGAUCACUUAUUCUACUUAGGUGACUUGAACUAUCGCAUCUCGCUUCCAGGUAGUGACGUCAAGGCCCUCGUCAGCAAAGGAGACAUUGAGCAGCUAUUGCAAUUUGACCAGCUGCUGAUGGAGCAAAGCGCAAAACGCGCAUUCAAUGGGUUUAAGGAGGGCCCGAUCACAUUCCCACCAACUUUCAAAUAUGACAUUGGAACCUCACGAUUCGACACUAGCGAGAAACAGAGGACGCCUUCAUUCUGUGACCGCAUCUUGUGGUUUCAAAACCCGCUGCACACCGAGGACCCAGACUGGGCCAAAGUCUUAUGGUACCGCAGCUGUAUGGAUCUAACCAUGAGUGACCAUAAACCAGUGAUGGCUCUUUUCGAAACCAAGGUCCGUAAGGUAGACAAAGAGAGAUUCACCACAGUCCAUGAAGAUAUCCACCGCGAGCUCGACAAGUUCGAGAACGAAUCCUUACCUGACUUGGUUGUGAACUUGAACAUGUUGGAAUUUGGUGAUAUUCGAUUCAAUGUACCGGUAACCAAGACGCUGGUAGUUGAAAAUAAGGGCCAGGUUCUUGCGCAAUAUAGAUUUAUACCCAAACCGGAUGAAAAGCAUCCAUGCAAACCAUGGUGUUAUAUCAACCCACCCGUUAGCAUGCUGUUGCCAGGCGAUCAAGUGAAGGUCAACGUGACGGUUCUAGUAGACAAUGAGACGGCACCAUCUCUAAACUUUGGAGUCGAUACGUUGGAGGAUAUUCUUAUUCUACAUACCGAAAACGGCAAAGACCAUUUCCUUUCCAUAUCAGGAACUUGGCUCAAUAGUUGCUUCGGUAACAAACUUGACGCACUCUGUCAAUUCGUUAAACCCGUUCGAGAGUGGACCAUGGAAGAGCGGAAGAGCAUUUUGGAUCUGUCUGAGAGCUCACCAGAGCGGGAUGCACUUACAGAGGAUGGAGCGGAGUCUGCGGAAGGAUCAGAGCGAACGAUUCAUGAUCACGAGGACGGAUUGAGUCCUACACCUCCUAAACCUGGCGCGGAUAAUCGAUUCAGUUUGCCAUUUCAACUGUGGAGAGUCAUUGAUUUCUUGUUUCGGUUUGGAAUGGAUAUUGACAAUUUAUUCACAUCCAGCGGGGAUCCCGCGACAGAAGAGUACAUCCGGGAGUGUCUCGAUACGGGAGCCGAAUUCGACGUGUCAGUUCUCCUCAUGGAUCCCGAUUCUGAACCGCCAGAGUCUGCCGAUGACGCAGACGAUGAUGAGGCCGAUGACGAGGACGGGGACACAUCCCGACGGUCGUCAACCACAGACAGCCCGACACCUCCCAGUGGGAGUCGCACCCCCAUUGAAAAGCGCGAUAGCGUUAAAGUCGAUAUUGAUAAACUGUUGAAAGAUAACCCCCAUGUUCACUCGCAAACCCUUGUCGGCCUCGGCUCCUCUACCCAUAUUUUACCGUCUAGCGGCACAAUACCCCGUCCACGACCUCGCGGACGAGCUGUGGCGGUAUGCUCCAUGGCAGAAACACUGAUCAAGUUUUUGGAUAGUCUUCUUGAACCAGUCGUCCCCGAUGGAAUGUCGACUCGAUGUAUACAGGAAGGCUAUUUGACAUAUGUGGCCGCCAGACAAACCGUGCAGAGGCUGCCGUCCACUAAUUACAACGUUUUCAAGUAUGUUGUAAAGUUUUUGAGAGCGGUUGUUGAGAAUUAUAAGGGACGGGGCGAAUUGAAUGUUGAGCGGCUAGCCGAGAUCUUUGGCCCCGCUCUUUUGCGGAUUCCCAAAUCAUUGGACGGAAGCGCUACGAACAGCUCCGAGUCCCUUGCCCAGUUCAACACGAACCGAGGCCCGGCUGUAUCCUUGGCAAACAAACGCUCAUCGUCUGGCAUCAAGUACGCAACAGUUAGCACAGGUAAAAGUGGCCAGUUAGCAGGCAAGGUGAUGAUGAGUGGAGGAACCGGGGGAGCCAUUGGAAUGACGUUGUCUGGCACUACGACGCCAGCGGGCAGCACGGCGAAUCUUGCAACGGCCCGUAGUGGAAGUGGAAAUGCAGAGGAAGUGAUGAUUAGGAAACGCCGAAUGUUUUUGAUGCAUUUUGUGGAUUUGGCCAACCCGGAAUUAGAUUGAUAUCAAUAGGACUUGUUAUAGUAGGAAUAUAGAGUUGUGUUCUUUUGCCAA